GCGUGGCGCGUUUGAUUGACAUGGCGGAGCCUCGCUAGCACUAGUCCGCGUCGCGCCGCGCCAGCAGACUGGCGAGCAGGCAGGCAGGCGAGCUCCGGAGCCUGGGAAUUAAAAAAAAAAAAAAAUCUAUACACGCACAUACCGCCACCAUCACCAAGACGAAACGAGAAAGGCAGCCCACGUCGCGGUCCCGUCUCCACGUUGUUUCAUUCGCAGCGAGGUAGGGCAGUUGAGUGAAUUUCUCCAUGAAUGUACGUCACAAUGAUGAUGACAGACCAGAUUCCACUGGACUUGGCUCCGCCGCCUCUCCUGAAUGGGGAGGUCCCGCUCAUGCCGCACAUGGUUAACGGUGACGCAGCGCAGCAGGUUAUCCUGGUACAGGUGAACCCGGGGGAGACGUUCACCAUCCGGGCGGAGGACGGCUCGCUGCAAUGCAUCCAGGGUCCUGCCGAGGUCCCCAUGAUGUCCCCCAACGGUUCCAUCCCGCCCAUCCAUGUGCCGCCAGGAUAUAUCUCACAGGUCCUGGAAGAUACCACCGGGGUCCGCCGGGUGGUGGUGACCCCCCAGUCUCCAGAGUGCUAUCCCCCAUCGUACUCCCCCGCGUUGUCGCCCACGCACCACCUGCCCCCCUACCUGGCCCACCCCCACUUCAUCCCCAACUCCCACUCGUUCUACCCGCCCGUCAGCCCCGGCGAGCUGACCCACCACCAGUACUACCAGCACCACCUCCCCCCCAUGUACGGCGACCCAGAAAUCAUGCCGGUGUUCGGCAUUUCCAACUUUAUCCGAGAGGAGACGUACGGGAAGCCGCAGCCCAAGAAGAUCAAGGAACAGAGGCAACUGGAGCGACAGAACCGGCUCAACUCGCCGCCCUCCAGCCUUUAUAAAGGCAGCCUGGGGCCGGCCCACAACGGUUACAGCAAGUCCCACGCGCCAUCACUCGGGUCAGUGGGGUCAGGCGGCGGCAGUCCAGGUAGCAAGAAACCGGAGAGGCGGCUUCGCAGCAGUCCACGCAAUGGUGAACCGGAGGCACACCCGCAAGAUCAUGACUCAGAGACCAAACGUGUUCAAGACAUGUUGUCUACAAUCGACAAACCACAGGUGUCCAAUCUGCAGGCCCGAGCUGUGCGACUCUCUUGGGCGCCCCCCGCAGGCCUUGCAAGCCGGCACAGCAACGGCAUGCCCAUGUCGUGCUCCUACGAGUUGUCCCUCUCGGAUAAAGGGCGAGACGGGAAGUUUCGCCUCAUCUACAGUGGUGAAGAACUCGAGUAUCAUCUCAAAGAUCUGAGGCCAGCGACCGACUACCACGUACGGGUGUGCGCCACAUACAACUCGGUGCGCGGCUCGUGCUCCGAGGCGUGCACGUUCACCACGCAUUGCAGCGUCAGCGUUCCCGACGUCCCACUCGCCCCCAGGCUUUCCCACCGCACCAAAAGCACCCUCACUUUACAGUGGAAGCCGCCAGGCGACAACGGAUCCAAAAUCACAAACUACCUGCUUGAGUGGGACGAGGGGAAGAAAAACAGCGUGUUCCGGGAAUGUUACUUCGGGAGCCAGCGACACUGUAAGCUGACGCGGCUGUUCCCCGCCUGCGCUUACACCUUCAGGGUGGCGGCGCACAGCGACAUCGGCACAAGCGGCUUCAGCUCCGAGGCGGUCUUCUACACCAUGGGCACGCUGCCCGCGCUGCCUCUGGCUCCGCGUCUGGUGAGGGCCGGCGUGUCCUGGGUCACCCUGGAGUGGGGGCGGCCCGAGGGCAGCCCCGGCGAGGAGCAGCUGAAAUACACCCUGGAGAUCCAGGAGGACAACAGCGGAGCGGAGUUUCACCCGAAGUACACUGGAGAAAACUUGACUUGUACUGUACAAGGCCUGAAGAGGAGCACGCAGUAUAAAUUCAGGCUGAUUGCGUCGAACGUGGAGGGCAAAAGCAGUCCCAGCGAGGUGCUGGUGUGCACCACCAAUCCCGACAAGCCGGGGCCGCCGUCCACGCCGCGCGUCGUGGCGUCGACGCCUUACGCCCUCAGUGUCACAUGGGAUCCUCCGCAGGACAACGGCGGCUCUGAAGCGCUCACGUAUUUGUUGGAGAUUAGCGAGGGAUGCUCAGAAGCCGAUCAAUGGGAGGUGGCGUACAGCGGACCGGCCACAGAGUGCGUGUGCGAGCGCCUGGCCCCGGGCAGCAUGUACCGCCUGCGCGUCUGCAGCAUCACCACCGGGGGGCACAGUCAGUGCACUGUUGGCAUUCCGGUGCGCACGUUAAGCGUUCCACCCGGGCCCUGCCAGCCGCCGAAGAUUGUGGGUAAAGCCAAGCACAAGGAGGUCCAGUUAGAAUGGGAGUCCCCCGCCGCCAAUGGUGCAAGCGAGGUGUACAUGUUCAGCCUGGAGAUGAGCGAGGGCGACGCCCAGCCGGCCCAAGUGUUCCACGGGGCGGAGCUGCAGUGCACCGUGGGUAGUCUGCUGCCCGGCGCCACCUACAGUUUCCGGCUGAGGGCUGCCAAUGAGGCUGGGUUUGGCGAGUACUCCCAGCCAACGGUGGUCACGACCGCAGCGGGUCCUCCAGGCCAGUGCGGGCCGCCACUUAUCACGCUUGCCAGCAACACCAGCGUGUCGCUCAACUGGGAGAGUCCCGAGGGCUCGGGCAGCGACAUCUCGGAGUAUCUUCUGGAAUGGGGCCGGGAAGACGAGCCCAUGGAGUUGAUCUACUGCGGCUCGGCCACGCAGUGCGAAGUGUCCGACCUCACGCCCGCCACCAGCUACUGCUGCAGGUUACAGGCUGUCAAUCAGGCGGGGUCGGGGCCUCACAGCGAGCAGGUCAGUUUCCAGACACCGGCGACCAUUCCCGACGCCAUCUCCUCGCUCAGCCUCCUGGACCCGCCGGCCUCGUCGGAGUCGGGACAGUCGCGCGCCACCUGCCUCUUCCUCAAGUGGGAGGAGCCAAACAGCAACGGGGCGGAAAUCUCAUCGUACAUCAUCUCUCUGGAUGAGCGGACCAUCACGGUGGAGCCGGCGACCAGUCACCUGGUCGGCGGCCUGCAGCCCAACAGCGAGUACAGCGUUCAGAUCCAGGCAGUCAACGCCAUCGGCUGCGGCCCGUCCAGCCCGCCGUUGCUCGCGAGGACGCGGCCCCUGCCCCCGGCCCCGCCCCCUCUGGAGUGCGCCGCCGCCGGUCCGCAGAGCCUCAAGCUGAAGUGGGGCGAGAACGCCAGCAACCCUCGCUCCUCCCCGAUGGCCGACGACGUUUACUACACGCUGCAGAUGGAAGACAAAAACCACCGGUUCGUGAGCAUCUACCGGGGCCCCAGUCACACCUACAAGGUCCAGCGGCUGACCGAGUCCAGCAGCUACACCUUCAGAAUACAGGCCAUCAGCGACGCCGGCGAGGGCCCCUACUCGGAUUGCCAAACAUUCUGCACCACCAAAUCCGUGCCCCCCGCCCUCAAAGCUCCCAAGGUGCACCAGCUGGAAGGGAACGCGUGCGAAAUCACGUGGGAGUCCAUCCCGCCGAUGAGAGGGGACCCCGUGAGCUACGUGCUGCAGGUGCUGGUGGGCCGCGAGUCGGAAUACAAGCAGGUUUUCAAGGGCGAGGAGGCGGCCUUCCAGAUCUCGGGCUUGCAGGGCAACACGGACUACCGCUUCCGCGUGGGCGCCUGCCGCCGCUGCCAGGACUCGUGCCAGGAACUGUGCGGUCCGCUCAGCCCCUCGUCCCACUUCACGCCGCGGCGCCAGGAGGCCUCGGGACCCGGCGGGAUGGCGGGGGGCGGAGCCUGCGCCCCUUGCGCCGGCCCCGGCCGCGGGGGGGCGGCGGCGGGCCUGAUGUCCAGCGACGAGCGCUUCGCCGCUCUCAUCAUGUGCGCCUUCGCCGGCCUCUCCUUCCUCAUCGCCUGCUUUCUGCAGUACUUCUUCAUGAAGUGAGGGAAUCUCUUUUUUAUUAUUUUGAUUUUUUUUUUACAACAGGAUAGAAAGAGAAGGCGAAACCCAAGAGAAACUUUUUUUAUAACAGAUCGUCAAGAAAAAAAACACUUGAGACGCUCUUCUUCUUCUUCUCCUCAAGGCUUCCAUUUCAGUGCGUUUUCUUUUUGUAGCCGAGCUGUACCUCCGCGCCGAGGGCGAGAAAAUUCAUCCACAAGCCUUAAAAUAGCCGCGAGCAGUCGCUCAAGACUGACUUGCAUAUUUUUUUUAUUUUUUUGUUUUUUUUUUUUUCAUAUUUGAUUAGAGGACGUGUAUAUUUCCUGGUUCAUUGCCUUAAUUAGAUGUCUUUUUAUUGACAUUUUUUUUUUUAAUUGCUGCAGUCUUUAUCCACUCAGCCAUAUUCUAAUGUAAGCAUUCAAAGCUUUAGCCGCGCAUAUUGGUUGACACACACACACACACACACACACACACACUUUUUUGUGCGUGGACUAAUGACUCAACCGAUGCCACGCGUGCAGCCGCUCCGCUUUCUUUACGCUCGCCAAAGUGAUACAAUCCACGUGUGAUGUACGAUGCUGCUAUCCUUUGAUUUGUUUUUUUUUGUUUGUUUCUUUAGAAUGGAAAGCCAGUUAUCUAAUAUAAGUAUGAAAUAGAAAUAUAUAUAUAUACAGAGAGAGCGAGCGAGAGAGAGAGAGUUAGAAAUACACACACAUAUCCAAUAUCCACGAUCGCGUCGAAAGUGACGGCGUCGGCAGGUGGGACGGGCUGAUUCGGGAUCAGAUCGCAAGCCAAUCGGAGCAUUAAACUGGAUUGGGGAUUUCACGCAGACAUCCUGCAAAAUAAUACCGCUUUUGCCUUUUACAGGGAAUUUGCACCCCCCCACCACAACCACCCCCAUGGGACUCAGGAUGUGUUCAUACGUGAUCUGAACACAUCACAUCUAAAAGUCAAUUUUGCUGCGUCUCGAACCGCAUUUCAAACGGUGACACGGCAUUCUGACAUUUACAUGCGUCAGACACGACUGUCACCGUUUUUUACAGCACCUCUGUAAAACAUUUUUCCUAUUCCACUUUCACCCCACUGUGAAAUUCCUGGCAGUGUGAAAGACUUUCACACGGAGAUUGUGCAAAAAUCGGCACAUCGGAGUCGUAACAGAUGACCUUGCAUUUAUUCGCUUUUUGCCUUCCACACGGGACUCGGUGAAGAAAAUUCCCCGGGGGGGCGGAAUUGCCACGUCACAGCAAAACAUUGGCCUUUGCCAUCCGCCACAGACCCCAUUGAAGAAAAUUCCCUGGUUUUUAAGCAGUAAUCUGAAAGGGCCUUUCACACAGAGAACCUGCAAAAUUCCCACAUCAGAGCCAAAAGAUCCGACUUUGCCUUUCACACCAAACCCAGCGAAGGCAGGAUAUCGUCACAACUUUCACAGACACAAUGUCUGAUGACAAAAGUCCUCGGAAAAUGACCAAAUCAUCGCAGUCACUUAACAGGACGGGCGAAAUCAAGUCCCGCUUUUAUCGGCAUUCCCAAACACACGGGGGCGACAUCCCGCCUGCAUUUCGGUUCUGUUACUACCUCCAAAGGCGGAAAAACCGCCGGAUGAACGGCAUCGGUCCCGCCUUUGUGGCAUUCCCUUUAUGAGGGCAACCUGGCGAGAAAAAAUGGUCCGGGUCGACGUGAAAUGUUCAAACUCGACGCAUCCCGCUUGUUUACGGCAUAGAGUGGUGCAAAGGGGUAUCGUCGUUGUGUAAAAAAAUGAAAGCCCGUCCCCCCACCGUUGUGCCUCUUCUUUUUAAGGAAUCCACCUGUCUUUUUUAAUUUUUAAUUUUAUUUUUUUUAAUCCCACCUCUCCUCCAACGAACGAUACACAGGGCAUUCUGAACACCAUCCCUCUAAUAAUCACAAAGCCAAGGUACACGGCCCAUAGAGGUCACCCUGACCCGUAUGAAAUGGAGUCCGCACAUAUGAGGGCUGUAACGUACAUCAGGGAAAUCCGAAAAAAAAAAAACAAUUGUUUAAAAAAAAAACCAAACGAUCCAUUAACCCUCCUGUUAGGUUGUUUUCUCAGGAACAACAACAAUGUUCCCGGGUCAGUUUGACCCCCCGGCUACGCUUCCUGAUAAAAACGCCUGCCAGUAAACAUUUUUAACUGCUUUCCUUGCACAUAUUUCAAAACGAAGCUUUGUAAAGUUUCGUUGGAAUGAAAUGCGGCUUGGAGAUCUUUAACCUUACAAUGGGUCGAUUUGACCCGGGCUAGGUUUCAUGUUCUAAAUGUGUUGUGAUCCCGAAUUACAGCUCUUUAUGAGCAGUUAGCGAUACAAAUAUGUCCAACUGAACCAUUUCAAUCGGCUAUCGAGGAAAAGUUUCAUUGAGACUAGCUCAUAAACUAUGAAAUAGGUCAAUUUGACCCAGGCUGUUUAUUUUCCAAACGCAUUCUGAUAAACAUUGGUCACUAUUUUAUUUAAAUAUGUCAAAGAAAAUAAUAAUCAUGUCUUUUAAUGUGACGUUUCAUAGCAAAAAAAAACUUUUAAAAACCACCCAAAAUGUUUUUGUAGCUCUACAACUUUAACAUGGGUCAACUUGACCCAGCCGAUGUUAAAUGUUCUUAAAGCAUUCUCCUGAAUCUUAGAAUUUGUUGAAAAUAUGUCAAUUGAAAAUCAAUCUGAACAAUUUGUAGUGCUUCAACUUUUAAAUGGGUCAAUUUGACCCAGCAAUGCUUGAUGCUCGAAAAGCAUUCCAAGAAACUUUUUUGGUUGAUAAUGUCAAAGUGAAUCAUUCCCAUUGUCUCUUACUGAGAAGUGGCGUUGCAGAAAAACUUUUUCCACCCUGAAUUGGGCAUAUUUGACCCGCAAUGUUGAGUAGUCCAACCAUACGUACAGCACAUUUGACAAUAAAGUUGUAUUCAAUUCAAUAACUUGUAAACCAUUCUCAUUCCACAUACCGUAUGUCAAAAUUAACCAUUUUUAUACACUGUUGAUAUGAAAUUUCAUAGCGAAUUAAAACAAAAUAUUUGCGGUUUAUUUUUCCGUCACAUGGGUCAUUUUGACCCAAACUAUGCUCCGUUUUCCAAAAACAUUGUUGGAGCUCAGUCGCUGAUGCCGAGUUGUAUAGCGAAAAGCUGGUGUUUGGUUUGGAGUGGGUCACUUUGACCCCCCCAACAUAACAGGAGGGUUAAAAAGACUGCCCCCCCCCCCCACACCCCACUCUCACCCUUCUCAUCUUCCUCUCCACUUUUUGCGUCUCGGUCCUCUUCGGAUGCCGUGCCUUGACAGCAUCUUGCGUGGUUAACUCGCUCCGAUAAUUUUUUUUAAUUUUUUUUUUUUUUUUUUUUUUUGCCAAAGUUGAUGGGAACAUGAUGGUAAUUUUUUUUUUGUAGUUUUCCUUUAUUUAUACUAUAUAUUUGCAUACAGUACUUUACAAUGCCAAUUACAGUGCAAUCUUCAUUUAUUUAUUGUUUAAAAAAAGAUUCAGAGAUGAGUGUAGUUAUAUACUAAUUUUUUUUUCCUUUCCUUUUCCUCGUAGCAUGUUUUUGGGGUGUUAGAAUGAUAUUUUUGUUUGUUUUGUUUUCGUUGUCGUUUUUUUUUUUUUUUUUUUUUUUAAGGCCAGCAUUCCUUCUCUCUCAGUAACCCUUCAAGUAUUUUCUUACAGUUGUUGGGAUCCCGCAGUUAUAAAACCUGUAACCAAAUACAUUAUGUACUGUUCUGUCUGGGUGGGGGGGUGGGGGGGGGUGUUUUUUGUUUUUAAAAAAAAAUUUCAUCUCUUGUAUGGGCCGUGCUCGGCUGAGUCGUCAUCUGUUCAUGCUUCUUGAAACAUGUAGCAAAGACAAAUGUGCCUGCCUUUGGCUUCUUUCAUUUUUUUUUCUGUUGGGGAGGGGGGGCGGGGAGGGAUUAGAAUGAAUCUUCUUCUGAUAUUUGAUUUUAUUUUUUUGCCAAAGGGCAGGCGUUACUCUGUUCUGACCAAGGGUUCUGUGAUAUUCUUCUGUAACGACACAGCAGCAUGACUAUUAUUUUUUUAUGAUUGUUAUUGUUACUAUUACUCUGAUGAAAAGGACAAAAAAAAAAAAGCAACGUUAACUCGAUCUGUGAUUUAUGCUUAUUUUCAAUAUUAUCAUUCGUUUGUUUUUUUUUAAGCAAAAUGUGCCUUUGUCGAUAGAUGUCCCCCCCCCACCCUCCCCCUCCUAAAGAGAAGAGGAGGACAAUCUUGUACCAGUAGAGACCAACGAAGGCGGGGUGGGGCAAAGAGGAAAUAAAAAAAAAAGGCUCCAAACAAUCACACAAGCGACGAGCGCAGGCAGGCAAAUUUCUUGACGAGUUUUUGCUCGGCGUAGCGAGUAGUAAUGAGUGUUUUGUAUCCAGUAUUUUUAUUUUUUUUUUUGAUAUAAGAUGAUAUACAGUACAGAGAUAUGGAUAGAGCUAUAGAGGUGAUAAGUACAUUUACGACUAACCUAAGUUGAAGCACUUUUUUAUAUCACCGCGAGCAUUCGUAGUCUUGAUGGGCGGGGCUUUUACAGUAUAUUGAUCCAAAACACUACUGCCAGGCUGUUCACGUUCGUCGCUCGCGUGUUAUUUUAUUCAUUUUUGUUGUUGUUGUUGUUGCGUGUUUUGUUGUGUCACGUAAGGCAAACUGUGCGUGGGGAGGGGGGUGGGGGCAUCAGAAGGGAUUUUAGGCAGUCAGAUUAAAAAAUUCGGAAUCAACCUCGAACGGGAUUUUAGCUUUACAGGCGAACUUGAUUUGACACUCUAGAAACUUUUUUUUUUUUUUUGGGACAACUUGCUGUUUUCUGAAUGGCCCAUUUCACCAUAUGUUUUUUUCCAAGACAAUGUGCAAUGUCUACGCCUUUCUGUGAGUCUUCCAGUCUUAUCUUGCAUCCUGCUGAUUACCAAGGAUGUCCAGACGUGUCCUUCCAAAAGACUGCGUGCCCAAAAAUUCAUGGCCGACUUUGUUUACCGGUAAUUAAUUUUUUUUUCAUGCUAUUAAUAUUUUUUUUUGUUUGCUUACAACCUUUUUGACAAUGACACGCGCUACUUACUUAAUGCAACAAAUGACAUUUAAAGGGAAGUUAAAUCGUGAAAUUAAUGUUAUGUGAAGAUAAUGUUCAUAAUUUCUCAAGAAUAACACAAGAAAUGGCUUUUUGUCAAUGUCUGGAUUUUUUUAAUGUAAAUUUUUUGUAAUACUUAUUUUGGUGGGAUAGAGUCCAUCAAGUUUUUGAGAUAUUUUCACUUUUAAUUUUGACGUUAAUGUGUUGCUGAAUUUAACCCUUAAUUCAGAAAUAUUAUGAAAUAUAUUACCAUAUUACAUUAAAUAGGAAACAAAAACAAGGUCAAAUUCGGAAUCGGGGCCAAACGUUUCGACAACAAAAAAAAAUUGCGCUUUAAUCAUGAAAACUUGUUGACCAUCAUUAUCAAGUGAACAAGAAAGGAAACAAGGGAGUCAUAUCAACACGCAGCUUCGGAUUUUACAACAUUCAGAGGAAAUCACAAUGCCCCCCCCCCCCUCCAUGAGCAAUUUUCAGAAUUUACCCAUGGGCUACUAGCACCAAUUUGGUUGUACACUCGAUAUAUGUACUUUAAAUAUAUUAAUAUGCAUUCAUUGAAAAAAAAAAUUACAAAUCGGACUGGAUUUUGGGGUGGCCAUUGCCCCUGUGACUAGAAUAGCGCCGCCCCUGUAAGCGAGCAACAGCACAAUCUGGUCUUCAGCUUGCGAACCAAAAUUAUCCCAACCUGUGUAUUUUAUCGAGUCGUUACGAUUCGAAAUUUUGCUGGUAUGUGAUCAGUGAAAAACUAUUUCCAAGUAGCGGAUGAAAAGUGGACGGCAAGCCGUAAGUCAGUCCGGCCCUUCAAGAACAGCAAGUUGUGUUUUGAAGCAUUUCAAAAUUGACAGAAGUGUCAAAUGAAGUUCACCCGUAAAGGUUUUGAGUGCGUUCUCGGUUCAUCCUAAAAUUUCACACGAUAUUCUUUUCCUUUUUGUUCGGCAAGUUAGUCCCCUCAUUUUUUUGUUUGUUUUAAAUUGCGAACCCAACAUGUGACACAGCAGGUGUCCUGUCCUUAAACGGUCCUUUUUGUGUGGCAGGUUACUCACCUAUUACAUUACAGAUAUAUUUUUUAUUAUUAUUAUAUACAUAUAUUUUUUUUAAUUCCAUUUAAGAAACAUGAUUUGUCCAUGCAGCACCUAAACCAUCCUCCUCACCCUACAAACACACACACACACACGCCUGUGCCUUUUGAUCUUUUUUUUUUUUUUUUUUUUUUAAUUUUGUAUGUUGUUGUUUUUUUGGGGGGGUGGAUUUGUUUGUUUUUUGCAGCGACCAGAGAUUUUUUAUUAGUUUUUUUCCAGACUGAGCAAUUGGCCACAGGGUGCAGAAACACACAAAAGUGAAAAUGAAUCAAAACUUGUUUUUUUUUUUUACCUCACGGUUUUAAGAGUGAACAUUCCAGGUUGUCAUGGUCUACGAAUUUGAUUUUUUUUUUUUUUAAAAGAGAAAUUCAUGCAUUUCUUCUUGUAUUGUAAAUGUUAGACAAUUUCAUAUGCAUUAUAUAAAAAGAAACUGCCAUAUCAAUUUUAAUGUAUAGAUUUUUUUGCAAAUACUACCCUAUGUAUGUAAGACGUAACUGUAUCGGUAGCGUAUAUAUAAUAUAUUUAUGCCCAAUAAAUGUUUAAUUUUUUUUUCCUUUUUCUGA